UUGUUGUUGAUUGGAACAGAUCAGGAGCGGGCGAGGAGGCGCCAGGACCGAGCCGGAACCGGGGGUCCCAACGCCGCGUCCCCCGGGCGGCAGGGAGCGCCCGUCCUGGACCCAGGAGAUGCAUCCCAGAUUCCGAGGUCAGGGUGUCCAACCUGUGGCCCUCAAUGUGGCUGUACAGGGCUGCACCCUGUGACGUUUACAGUGAAGGGUUUGGAUCUGCUUCCAGUCACCGUGGCGGGCACUGCCUCCCCCCGCAGCACAAGUUACAACCCCUGCCUUGAGCAGCUUUGCUCUGAACCAAAAUACUAUUGGAACAAGACUAAUUCCUGGGAUUUCUCAGCCGUGGCUGUCUGCCCCUCGUGAAGCUGUCCCCUCCCAGCCCAUGUGGCUCUCCCCAUGCCCCGAGCGUGCAACUGGUGCCAAACGCAAUGUGUGUUUGUCAAACCAUGGAAGUGGGCAAGUAUGGCAAAAAUGCCAGUCGAGCCGGAGAGCGAGGGGUCCUGUUGGAGCCUUUCAUUCACCAGGUGGGCGGCCACAGCAGCAUGAUGCGCUACGAUGACCACACUGUUUGCAAGCCCCUCAUUUCCCGAGAACAGCGCUUCUACGAGUCCCUGCCCCCGGAAAUGAAGGAGUUCACGCCUGAGUACAAAGGUGUGGUGUCCGUCUGCUUUGAGGGAGACAGUGAUGGCUACAUUAACCUGGUAGCAUAUCCCUAUGUGGAGAGCGAGGCCUUGGAGCAGGAUGACGUGCCAGAGAGGGACCAGCCUCGGCGCAAGCACUCACGCAGGAGCCUUCACAGAUCCAGCAGUGUCGGUGAGCACAAGGAGGAGAGACUCGGCCUGGCCGGUGACAACCCUGAGAGCAGCAUCCAAGAGACAAAGAGCCCCAAGGUGGAGCUGCACAUCCAUUCCGAUGUUCCGUUUCAGAUGCUGGAUGGGAACAGCGGCCUGAGCUCGGAAAAGAUCAGCUAUAACCCAUGGAGUCUGCGCUGCCAUAAGCAGCAGCUGAGCCGCAUGCGAUCGGAGUCCAAGGACCGAAAGCUCUACAAGUUCCUUUUGCUGGAGAAUGUGGUGCACCAUUUCCGGUUUCCCUGUGUGCUUGACCUGAAGAUGGGGACCAGGCAGCAUGGAGAUGAUGCUUCUGAAGAGAAGGCUGCUCGGCAGAUGAAGAAGUGUGAACAGAGUACCUCAGCCACGCUGGGUGUGAGAGUUUGUGGAAUGCAGGUCUAUCAGCUGGACACAGGACAUUACUUAUGCAGAAAUAAGUACUACGGCCGUGGUCUCUCCAUCGAGGGGUUCCGCAAUGCCCUAUACCAAUACCUCCACAAUGGCCUAGAGCUGCGCAAGGACCUCUUUGAGCCCAUACUCGCCAAACUCCGGAGCCUGAAGGCUGUGCUGGAGAGGCAGGCAUCCUACCGCUUCUACUCCAGCUCCCUCCUCAUCAUUUACGACGGGAAGGACAAUAGGGCAGGCAUGUUCAUGGAGCGCAGGGCAGAGAUGCGCCUAAAGCGGGUGGACACCUCUCUCCCAGAGAGCCUGCAGGAUGACACCAGCACAGAGCCCAGCCCUUCUGCCCUUCCCAAGGUGGAUGUGCGCAUGAUUGACUUUGCACACAGCACAUUCAAAGGGUUUCGGGAUGAUCCCACUGUGCACGAUGGACCCGACGUGGGUUAUGUAUUCGGGCUGGAAAGCCUCAUCAACAUAAUGGAACAGAUGCGGGAGGAGAACCAGUAGGCCUGGGCUGUGCCCGUUCAUUCCUACCUGGUGGCGGGAGCAGGAAAAAGCAAACAACUUUGGUAUUCAAUGGUUCGCUCGCUCCCUUGUUUAUAACUGUCCCCUGGGCUGGAAGAGCUGUGUGAGGAGUGUGAAGAUCUCUGCCGUCCUGCCCGUGUGGUUUUGACUGCACUGGCCUGACCUUCUGGAGGAGGCUCCCAGGGCCCCACUGGGUGUGCUGCUGUUGUGCAUCAAUCUCUUCAUUCUGUAUGCAUUCUGGAAGGAGGACCUGGCCACAGGGAAGGGAAGAGUAAGCCAGCCCUUCAUGGUGGAGAUGGGGGUUCUGACUGGAAUUGCACUGCUUCUGCUCCCCAGA